GUUUUUCUUUAUAUAUUCUUGUUGGACUUGGAUAUUGAGUAUUUUAGCAUGAAAAGACGUAGGUCUCCAGUCAAAUAAAACAGCGAGAAAAUGGGCUCUAUGUUUGCGGAGGAAGAUUAUAUAAUGGUACGAUGCAGCGUGGAAAUAUUACUAAACAAUGGCUGUUUGGCUGCCAGGAAAUACCUCGUUGAUAAAAGGUUCUGUAUUCUUUCUUUACUUUAAUAAUAGGUUGAAAUGUUAUAUUAUGAGUAAAGAUAUGUACAAUAAACCAUUUCUACUUUGUUGCAAAGUUUAAACUUUAAAUACCAAGUUUGAGAUGUUUGCAUUUGAAUGUUUUGUGAUAUAUUCUAAUGUUUGUAUAACUGUUUUUCAGAAACAAAAGUUCUUUGCUCAAUUCUGUAUCAAGCUUCGUUGAGUUUCUGGUAAGCUUGGGUAUUUUAAAAUAGAUUGCUUAUUAACAGUUUUAUGCAAUUCUUUAAUUAGCCAGUUAAUUGAUCAGUUUCACAGAUUGAUGGUUAUUAUUGAUUAUUAUUAUUCCAAUUUUCUCAACUAAUUAAAUAGUUGAUGUAUAAUUCCUUUGUUCAUUGAUUAAUAAUUAGAUUAAUUAAGUUAGUAAUUGAUAGAUUAUUUAGUUGGUUAUUAAGAAAGUGGCUGAUUGCUUGAUUAGAUUGAUUGAUUAAUGAUUUCAGAGCUCGUUAUUGACAUUAGAUGAAACUCAUAUUGACGAAGCAAUCGGCUGUCUGAAGGAAACUCAGAGAUAUUGUAUCACACAGAGGAAUAUUUUAAAACAAGAGAAAUGUAGUGCUGAUGAUCUGAGGUUGUUAAUGAAUGAGAUUUUCUCCACUGAUGCUGAGCUAUACAUGGCAAUAUUGAGUAUCUUGAAACAAGGUAGGUCUGCUAUGGACCACUUGUCUCAACACCUUGUGUAUGUCAUAUGUGUCAGUUAGUGUUAGCAAGCUAACAGAUGGUGUUGAAUGUAAGAAAUUUUGACACGUAUAGGAACAAGAGAAUUAAUUUCUGAAUUGUAUUUCUUGCCUAAUAUUUUACAUGAAAACAUUUUUCAACAUGCUUCUGGAAAGUAGGUCUGACGAUCAUUGCCAAUAGAGCCUCAUUUUCAUAUUUGAGACCUUGAGUUUCAUUAUUAUCACAUACCCAAAACCUAGGCUCUUAAUAUUGCAUUUGGGUAAAUAUCAGGGUUUUGUAUCUAAUUUGAUAGAGUUAAAUGAUUGAAGGGGUUAUUUGUAAUGGAAAUAUGUUGUGAAACUUAUAUACAUUUAAUUUUUGUACGUACUGCAGGUUUGAAAGAUUAUGUGAAAGGCGCUUUCUUAAUACGAAAAUCUUGGAAACAGUACAAAAGGAAUUAUGAUAAAAUCUUAAAGAUUGGAGGCUCUUUUCUAAAUGUUAAUGGCAACUCAGAACAUCAACUUUGUCAUCUCCAUCAAAAUAAUCCUGAGGUCUUGUCAAAUGUAGAACAAGAGACUGUGAAUUCUGAUGUCUCAUGUAGUUGUUACAAUGUUGAAACAAAGACAGUUAGUUCUCAUGCUUUACAUGAAGUACAAGCAGCUAUCGCAUUUGGUUACGGUUUGUUUAACCUUGUUGUGUCAUUGACCCCUCCUAAAGUGCUACAACUUGUGCAGUUUUUUGGUUUCCAUGGCAACCAAGAACUGGGUCUGUGUUGUUUGAAGUAUGUCUGUGCCAGUCAGAAUGUCAAGGCUGAACUGUCAAGGUAAUUAUUGGUUUCGCUAAAUAAAUUAGUAAUUGAUUGAUUAGUUAAUUAUUGAUUGAUUGAUUGGUUAAUAAUUAAUUAAUUAAUGAUUGAUUGAUUGAUUGGUUAAUGAUUAUUGUUUAUUUAAUAAUUGAUUGAUUAAUUGAUUAAUUAAUUAAUGCUUCAUUAAUGAUUGAUUAAUUAAUGAUUGAUUGAUUAAUGAUUGAUUGAUUGAUUAAUGUUGAUUGAUUAAUGUUGAUUGAUUAAUGUUGAUUAAUUAAUGAUGAUUGAUGAUAGAUUGUUGGUUGAUUAAUUAAUGAUUGAUCACUCACUGAUGAUUUAUUGAUGAUUGUUUAAUGAUUGAUGAUUGAUCAAUUAAUGAUUGAUUAUAUAGACUUGGUCUCCUAUGGUAUCAUGCUAUUAUCAGACCAAUGUAUGCUUUUGAUGAUAAUGAUGUUGAAUGUGGUAAUUAAAUUAUAUUUGGUUCUAAUUAUUUUCUAAUUGAGUGAUUAUUUAAUAUCUGAUUGACAUUUGAGACUGUAAGGAGAUAGCCAUAAAUAUAAUAUACAUUGUGUGAAAAUGUUUGAUCUAGGUUUAGAAGAAGCUUCUCAAUUAUUGCAAGGUCUUCAAGAGAAUUUAUUAUUGUCUCCAGUUGCUCUUUAUUUUGAAGGUUUAUUAUUCCGUUGUAAGGUGAGCAAACUUCCUGACUUGACAAUGCAUGUGGUUGAAACAAGUAUGGUCAUAUUUCUUACUUCAUUUUCAAUUCAUUCCAGGGUAAUUUCACUGAUGCAACAAGAUCAUUAAACCUGGCUUUAGAAAAACCUCAGGCUUAUAAAGAGAUGAUCAUGUUUUGUGAUUAUGAAAUAGGUAAUUGCUAUCAUUUCUAACUUGGUUCAGUGUACAGUAAUUAUUUUUUUUAAAUUUCAACCAGAUUUUCUUUUUUAAUUCAUUCUAAUAUAGUCCAAAUUAUUAAUUUGCAUAUUUUUUUAACUUUCCAGGCUGGUGUCAUUUACUGGAGAUGCAGUGGGAUCUUGCUAUUCAGGCAUUUAUAAAGUAUUUUAUUUUGUGCUUGUAAAAUAAUUAUCUUAGAUUAAAAUUUAAAAUAAAUUAUUUUAACUUGUGCCUUCCUAAAUAUAAUUUCUAUUAUAUGAAAUUUAGAGUAAAAGAUGCGACUAGAUGGUCACAAUGUUUCUAUGUUUAUUUAAUUGGUGGUAUGUAUGUAAAUGUAAAUUUAUUUCAAGAAAUUGUCAAUUGUUUGCAAUGAAACUGUCUGUAGCAAUGUGAUAUCAUUCUAUAUUCCAGUUCUUCAUGGUGUCCAAAGCAAUACAAACGAAGCUGUAAUCUACUUCAGAUAUGUCCCUUCACUUGUCAAACGAAAAACGCCUCUAGCUGUGUUUUUGAUUAGAAAGGUUUGAACUUUUUUAGAAAGGAAAACUUUUUUAGAUUAUGAAAAUUGCUGUUCAAAUUGUAACUAUUUAAAUCAAAUUAGUACAUUCGAAUCUCUAAUUAACAGACGCCAGUGGGGAACGUUUUAAAUGUUUGUUAACCAUAGAGAUAUCUGUUUUUGAUGAGGUUUUAGAGAUUCUCAACUAUUUUAACCAAUUUUCAUUGUGUAUUCUAGGCCACGUGUUGUGUUCAAGCACCGCCAAAUGAUACAGAGAGUUUAAUUUUGUUGUUGGAAAUUAUUUAUUUAUGGGAAUGUCUCCCUACGUGUAGUUCUGUCACCUUGUCGUGCUUGCUCCAAGGUAAGACGCAAUGUCGCUGUGAAAUUGGCCCAACUUCCAAUUAGAAUUGUAUUUAGAACUGUUUCCAAUUUGCAGGCCUGGAGAAGACGGUGAAAGAUGAUUUUGUUGCGUUGAAACUAUUUCUAACUGCGUAUGUCUUACAUCGUCUUGGAAGAUUGACUCAAGCUAUUGAGGUAAGAUCCAACGUACUGUCAUAAGCUUUCACAUGUGCGUAAGACAAACGGCUUUGUAAAGAGCUUCACUGGUGUUCUCGUUAGAGUUCCAAUCCUAACAUCUGCGACACUUCCAAUUAUUUGACAAAAUUUCGUAAUAUCGCAAUUUUUGAAAAACGUCCCCCUUACCCCCACCAUUCAAUGUUGAUUGCAUUCCCCAGAAUACGGUUAAAGCAAUUGUACUACGUCCAACGUUGUUUUUUUAGGAGGUGGAGGAAUGAGUAAAUUAUUCCGGUCUAGUACAGUAAUAGUAAAAAAGGUCAUUGUGGCAUUAUUGUAGUACCUUUCAAUUCAUCUCUGAAUUGUGGGCUGAGACAGUCUGCUAUAGAAAUGCUGAACUGAGCUCGAGGCCAGUUCGCCGGUUAUCUAUUGCUGGCAAGUUUUGCGUACUAAGAUUUACAGUAUAUGAACAUUUUUUUGUAGUGUUAUAAAGAAGCAAUGACUGCCGGUGAAAAUAUUGUUGGCGAUAAACAUGUCUUACCAUUUGCUGCUUAUGAAUUGGGAAUAAUAUCUGCGAAGAUCUCACAAGUACGAGCCACUGAUCUAUGAACUUGCAAUGUUAACAAAUUGCGAUGUUGGUAAUCUAUUAAUAAAUUGUUUAUUUUUCUACCUCUAGUUUGACAAAGGACAAGAAUUUCUCAGGAAAGCGAAGGUAACGUAUUAUAUGCUAUUUGAAAUUGUGUUUAUAGGUAUUCGGAAAACCCAAGUAAUUUGCGAUUGUCGCUAAUUUCAUUACGAAUAUGGAUUAGGACGCAAAGUAAACACGUUUAUGCGAAUGGAGCGAAUUAGAAUGCGCUCGAAACGCAAAUAAGAACGUAGAGAAACACGCGUUGAACGCAUUGAAGAACGCGCUCUGCAUGCAUUCGUGUGUAGUGGAUAAAGUUACGUCGUAGCUCAACUUAACUAUAAUUUUUUCACUUAGUACUGCUAAUAAAGCAGAACAAACUGUUUUUGUGUGGUUGUUCAUAUUAAACAGGGUUCGUACAUGUCAGGAAGAGUUAAAUUCAAGGACUUUUCAAGGACAUUCAAAGCCAUGUAUCAGCAAAUUCAAGGACUAAAUACUGAAGAAGGUGUUAGAAAUCAGCAAAAUCUGACGUUGAAUUGUUCAAAACGUAACUUUAUAACGAGGUCAGAUAUGAACAUGCAAAAUCAGUUCAACAAAAUCUCCGUCUUGAAUGUCAAACAAUUUCAGAAAAUAUCCAAAAACUAAAGCAAGAAGAAUUCAAGGACAUUCAAGCACUUCUUUACAAAUUCAAGGACAUUCAAAGUCUUGAAUUUUUGUUUUCAAAUUCAAGGACAUCCAAGGACUUUCAAGUUUUGUACGAACCCUGAUUAAAGAUGUUCAAAUGCGAUUCUUUUGUUGAUGUAUGUGAUUUUCUUCUCCAGGAAACAUGCAGUGGUUAUGAUUUUGAAAACAGACUGAAACUAAAGAUUGACAUCGCGAUGAAAAAAAUGGAAGAGCGAGCUAAGAAAGACCUGGUGACGAGUGACAGCUCAGGGUAACUUCAGCAUGUGAUACUUGAUGUAGGUCAGUGUGCUGGUAUGGUACCACGUACGAGGUCCUGGACAUAAUGACGUCAGUACAGAGUACCAACAUGUGAGGCAAUACUUGAUGUAAGUUAUCAUCAUGGACAUGAUAUCAGUAUAAACUGGCAAGCAAACAAGAUAUGGUAGCUGAGUGCACACAAGACAAUCUGGUACAGAUACGAGGCUGGCAAUCGCCAUCCAUUCAAUCACUUAAAGCCACGUGACUAAAUUAAAUUGGAUCAGGUUGACUGAUUGUGAACUUCCAGUCUAGCCCUCUCACAAGCUCUCAUAUUGUUUCCAUCCAUAUUUGGAAAUUAUCAUUUGGCAGAAAUAUCUAGAUAUUAACUGCAAGAAAAUACAAGGUGGUACAAAUGUAUUUAAAACUUCUACAUACAUCAAUUACAACAUACAAUAUUUUCUAUUUAUACUAUGUGCAUACCUUAAUAAUAAUUCAUUAAAUAUCCACUUCAUAAUUCAUCAUGAAAAUAUAGUUUGACAAAUUUAUGCAAUGAAUUUAAAGUUCUGUCUUCAUUGUAGUAAUAUCUAUAGCCUUCUUUAAACAGUAUCAAAGUUGGGUACUGAAUUAUCUAGCAAGAGAAACAAUUACAGAUAAGUAAUGAUUACUCAAAC